AUGGUGGCGGACAUCGGGUACGACGACCUCACCCAAUCCACGACCGGCAUCAUGGCGCGAUUCGGCGGCUCGCUGGAGACGGCGGAGGAGCACGCGCACAUCGGCACGGUGGACGUGGUUACCGGCUUCGCGGGGGCCUUCGCCAUCUUCCUGGCGCUGUUCCAGAGGAAGCGCACCGGCUCGGCGGAGAAGGCGCAGACGUCGCUGGCCUCCGUGGGCCAGAUGGUGCAGGUGCCCUACUGCUUCGACGGCGCUCUUCGCGGGGAGUGGAACGAGCCCAAGGGAGUGUGCGUCGGCGAGCACUUCCUCUACCACAGCUACAAGUGCCGGGACGACGUUUGGGGGUUCCUGGCCGCCACAGGGCAGCAUCCGUGGCCCGAGCAGCUUGCAGAGGGCAAGGACGCCAUGGUGUCGCUGGGGAUCCCCUGCGAAGACGUGUCCAGCCUGACGCAGUAUUUCGCUACGCUGUCUUUCGAGGAGCACCAGGCUGUGUUCAGGAACAAAGGGAUCACGUUCGUCCGCAUCGGCAGCUUCAGUGACCUGGACCGGAAGCCCCAGCCCAAACACAAGACUUUCCACUUCGUGAAGACCCUUGCGGACCACAACCCAUCGGGGCGGGACGUGACCUAUUUCGGAAACUCCGUGCGCUCAAGGAACUGGGAGGUCUGCGAGCUGCCAGAGCUGCCCAAGUAUGGCAAAGACACUCGCGCCGUCCUGCAGGACGUCGCCGAGCUGCCCCCCGCAAAGGUCGACUGCAUGCUGGCCGGGGGCAAGUCCGCCGCCGAGUCGCUCGGGGCCGCCUUUCCCGACUCGAGCGGCGUCUGGGAGUUGAGCGGCUUCCAGGCAGCGAGGGGGCCCAGGGCCUCCAGGCUCGAGAGGCCUGGCGGCUUCUGGUGCGCCAGCGCCGCGUGCGCCUCGCACGCGUCCGCCCCGCCCGGGGACGUCGCCGAGAAGCUCGCCGAGAAGCUCGGCGGAGCUCGCAAGCUCCAGCAGGCCUCCCUCCUCCUGGUCUUUGCCGCCGAGAAGACCAGCGCCGAGAGCGUCAAGACCAUCGCCAGGACGCUGGCGGCGAAGGCCCAGGCCGACGGCAGCGCCCUCGCGGUGCACGGCGGCCGCUCGCAGAGCGGCGUGGCCACGGAGGCGGGCAUCGGCUACGAGGGCGUCGUGGCCUUUGUCGUCGCCGACCCGCAGGGCCGCUACUCUUCUGGCGAGGGCAGGGUGCCCCCGAAGACCGACGGCGAGGGGCACGCGCAGGCGAGCCGUUCCGCCGGCGCCGCGGCGGCGACGGCGGCCCUGCAGCGCGUCGGCCUCACGGCGGAGCAGCUCGAGAGCGACCCGCCCGCUUUCGCGCUCUUCUCCGCCGCCGCGGCGGGGGCGGAGGAGGAGGUCCUGCUGGGCGUGCAGGACGUCCUGGGAGAGACGCUUAUCUUUGGGGGCACGUCUGGAGGCGACAUCGCCGGCCAGGACUUCGUCAUCACGGCCGGGCUCGAGGUUGUUCCAGACACCGUUUGCGUGACUCUCGCUUGGCCUACUGUGCCGAUCUUCACCAAGCUCAGCGCCAUGCACUCUGACAUCAUUGCCGAGGGCAAAGUGACCAAGGUGAGCAACGGAGGAAGGACAAUCGAAACAAUUGACGACCAGCCCGCGUUCGACCGCUACAAAAUCUGGAGCGAGGCAUCAGGUAGAAGCGAAGUGAAGCCCGGCACCGACUUGUUUUUGGAGCCCGAGACGGCCCUAUACCCCAUGGCCGAACCCCACACGGACGCGUCUGGAGCCAGAUGCUACAAGAUGCUCCUCGCACGGACGGGCACAGCGGGGGGGUCGCUGGAACUGUUUACGGCGAUGCAGGAGGGCGACCAUAUCGUCAUGAUGAAGGCAACGAGGGAGGGGCUGGCCUCCGGGGUAGAGCGCCUCGUCGCAGACGUUGCGGACAGCGGGCCGCUGGCGCAGGGCGUCCUCGGCGGCCUCGUCAUGUUCAGCGCCGGCGUCGCGAGGGCGCUCGGGGAGGAGGCCAUGUCCGAGGCCAUGUCCAAGGUCGUGCUCGGCCUGAAGGGCUGCCCCAUCGCUGGACAGCUCACCCUGGGGCAGGUGGGGCCCGCAGGCUACAGGGAUCGCACCACGGGGGAGCCGGACGGCUCCGACAACGGCCCGAACAGGCACGGCAACCUCAUGCUGAACGUCCUCCUCUUCGGGGCGCCCGCUCCGAGCAGCGACGCCGCCGCUGGCGGCCUGACCGGCGCGGUCUCGAACGCGGCGAAAGGUAUCGCAGACAAGGCGACGGGCCUCGUGGACCAGGCGGCGGGCCUCGCGGACAAGGCGGCGGGCCUCGCGAAGAAGCCGAAGAAAGCGAAGGUAGCGAAGGACAAGAAGUGA